CAAAUGAUCAAACCCAUCCCUCAAAACUAAAACUAAACUAAAUAAUUUAUUGUUUUGUUUACAGUUUUGGUCCUUUGACCAAAACUUUAUUCAUCACAGGUCACCCCUUGGGAGAAACUACCGACUCCGUUCCGUUCCACUCCUCGUUCUUGGGGGAGAAAUUUUUAUUUCUCUCAAGGGGUUCUGAUUUUUGUGUUGGAGAUGUUGGGAGAUUUGAUCACUAGAUGCCUCUUGAUGGCUUUUGGGUAUGCAUAUCCAGCAUUUGAAUGUUACAAAACAUUGGAGAAGAGUAGCCGGAGUCUUGAUGUUGAAUCUUUACGUUUUUGGUGCAAAUAUUGGAUUCUUGUGGCUAUUUUUACCUUUUUUGAGAGACUUGCUGAUGUUUUAAUAGCUUGGCUCCCUUUGUAUGGUGAAAUGAAGCUGGUUUUUCUUGUCUACUUAUGGCAUCCCAAAACCAAGGGAAGUGGGCAUAUAUAUGGAACAGUGUUGCAACCAUAUUUGAUGAGGAAUGAAGCAGAAAUAGAAAGAAUGAUGGUGGAAAUGAAAGUGAGGGCUUGGGAUUUAAGUUUUGUUUUUUGGACUAAUUUCUCUGAAGUCGCUCAUUCUUCCUUCCUCAAAGUCCUCAAAUGUGCUGCUGAUUUCCAAUCCGCCAAGUUCAAGAACUCUCCCUUCCAACUUCAGAGAAACGAGCAGCAACACCAACCGUCGACGGUAACGCCACAGCCUCCGAACAAAUUGCCGUCGUUUUCCGUUCGAGUCGCUGAUCAGACGAACGAUUCUCCAGCACCGCAGUCUGUCGUCGGAAUCAGCCGCGCCGAUUCGGAGACGGAGGAAGGUGAUGAUGGUCAAUCUUCGGACUUCUGCGAAACAGAGAGUUUCGUUAAUGAAGAAGAUAAACCUGCAUCUCCUUAUCCUCCAUCGGGUCGAGCUCGAUUAAGGCGAAUUAAACCACAAUCAUAGAGAGCUUUGUAAUUGUGAGAAAAAAGGCUGUACAAAAGAAAAAUGAAAAUCGAUGGAAUCCAGAGGAAAAUUGAAACUGAAAUUGAAAUUGGAAAUUGGAAUUGGAAUUGGGAUUGUUUGAUGGGAAAUUAUUGGAAUGUUGAAAUUGAAUCUGUUUCUAUGAAUGUAUUUGGAAAAUCAUUUCUCCUUAGGCAUUGAAUUGCAAACUUGUGUGUGAAA